ACUCUGCGCGUGUUAUCUGUUAUCACUGUACUCAGAAGUUCAAGCACGCUCUGCUGCAGCCGUCCUCGAUCUAGUUCCCUCAACGAACCUGAGACUUCGCAUCCGCGCCCAAUAUCACAAACAUGACGAGCGUAAGUGCCGUCGCGCCCAUGCCCACAGUAGCAGUCGCCGCCCGCCGGCGACUCGCGCAACCCGUAGCCAUCGGCGCACUCCCGCCCGGCUCAGAGGGCGCGCCCAUCAUCUACCCCGGCAAGACUCCUCCAAAGCUUGCGUACCCGGACAUCGGAGGACUCGCGAAGUGGUCCGUCUCUUCUUUCAAGUUCGGAUUUGGCCCGGAGUGCCUCACGGACGAUGACCCGGAGACAUUCUGGCACAGCUCUAGCUCGGACGGGCCGCAGCCGCACUUUGUCACGAUCGAGUUUCCGCGGAAGGUCGCCGUGCAGAAACUAUCCAUUCACCUUAGCUACCCCUUGGACGACUCUUACACGCCUGCAAACAUUUGCGUGCGAGCAGGUACUGGGCCCGUGGACAUCCAGGACCUGCGGAUAAUCUCGUUGGAGAAGCCCGACGGUUGGGUCACGUUUGACAUUUGCAUGGAGCCGAGCGAGGAUGGCGAAGGCUACAAACCUAUCGACGUCUAUGUCAUUCAAAUUCACAUAAUGAACAACCACAUGAACGGCAAGGACACCCACGUCCGCGGCGUCAAAGUCCUUGGUCCUCUCGAGAGGAGACUGAAGGCGUACGAAGAGCCAUUCCCGUUUGUUUCACCACAGUUCAAGAUGUAUGAGUGCAUUCGGUAGUGCAGUAGCAGUUCGUCGCGAUAUCGAUGUAACAUAGCUGGAAGCCCCUUGGCAGUGUAUUCAUAGAGGAUUAUGACAUGUACAGUCGCGAAUAUCAAG